AUGUUUUCGUUCAACAUCAACGGAAAAGAAGACGAAAAUCCAACAAUCAACUUGAUUCACAGUUCUUAUUCAAGGGAAAAGAUGCUAACCCUAAACGGAUCUCCAAUCUGUUUCCUUCGUCCUGCACUAUUCUAUAAUGUCGUUCGUGAUCUACCAGAAUUGCUCCGUUUGGCUCCAUCUCCAGAUGACCGUCUCGUUUCUUUACUCACCACUCAACAAUCCGAAUGA